UCUUUUCGGCUCACACAGGGAGCCCAGGAAGCCUCUGCCUCAGACAUGCUGCUGCUGCUACUGCUUCCCCUGCUGUGGGCAGGGGCCCUGGCUAUGGAUCCAAAAAUCUGGCUGCAAGUGCAGGAGUCAGUGACGGUACAGGAGGGUUUGUGUGUCCUCGUGCCCUGCACUUUCUCCCAUCCCAUACCCUACUACGACAGGAAUUCCCCAGUUCAUGGUUACUGGUUCCAGGAAGGAGCCAUUGUAUCCCGGGACUCUCCAGUGGCCACAAACAAGCUAGAUCAAGAAGUACAGCAGGGGAUUCAGGGCCGAUUCCGCCUCCUUGGGGAUCCCAGUAGGAACAACUGCUCCCUGAGCAUCAUGGAUGCCAGGAGGAGGGAUAAUGGUUCAUACUUCUUUCGGAUGGAGAGAGGAAGUACCAAACACAGUUACAAAUCUCCCCAGCUCUCUGUGCAUGUGACAGCCCUGACCCACAGGCCCAACAUCCUCAUCCCGAGGACCCUGGAAUCUGGCCACCCCAGGAAUCUGACCUGCUCUGUGCCCUGGGCCUGUGAGCAGGGGACGCCCCCCAUCUUCUCCUGGAUGUCAGCUGCCUCCAUCUCCCUGGACCCCAGGACCCUCCACUCCUCAGUGCUCACGAUCAUCCCACGGCCCCAGGACCACGGCACCAACCUCACCUGUCAAGUGACGUUCCCCGGAGCUGGUGUGACCACAGAGAGAAUCAUCCAACUCAGUGUCUCCUAUGCUCUAGGGAACCUAAAGAUUGGUGUCUCCCUAGGAGAAGGCACAGGGAAAUCAAGGCCUGUGACAAAGGUGGUUCUGGUGGCCAUUGGAGAGGCAGCUGUGAAGAUCCUGCUUCUCUGCCUCUGCCUCACCUUCCUCAGUGUGAGGUCCUGCAGGAGGAAGGUGGCAAAGGCAGCAGCAGCCGUGGAGGCUGAAAACACUGCCAUGGGCUAAUCUCUCAGCACAGGCCUCCAGACUCUGCUUCCAGAUGCCUCCUCGUCCAGUGCCUCCACAGUCUGAACAGACUUGUCUCCCUGUUUCCUCUCCAUUGCUGGAGAACACCACCGUCUGGACUGAAGGCCUUGCACGGUCCGUCCUCCACUGGACUCUCCUGAUCCCUCCUUUCUCUGUGUCACCCAAAGUCUCCCCACACCCACUGGGCCAAGCCCUCUAUGACUCUGAGACUUUGCAUGUGUAGUUCCGUUUCCUGAAAUGCCCUUCCCUCCCAUUUCUGCCAAAUCCAGGUCCUGAUUGUCCUUCAGGCUCAGUCUUAAAUGUCACGUGUGUGUGUGUGUGUGUGUGUGUGUGUGUGUGUGUUUCUUGUAUGAUAUUGAGGGAAGGAGUGACAUUUAUUCAUUAAUCUAUAGACUCUUUGGUAACUAUACUGAACACCUACUAUGUGCCAAUAUUGUUGUAGGUGCCAGGGGUUCAUUGGUAGACAUAGCAUCAGAAAUCUCAGUAUUAAGAAGAUGUUCUGGUCUGGGCAUGGUGGCUCACACCUGUAAUCCCAGCACUUUGGGAGGCUGAGGCAGUGGAUCACCUGAGAUCAGGAGUUCGAGACCAGCCUGACCAACAAGGUGAAACCCCAUCUCUACUAAAAAUCAAAAAUUAGGCUGGCGUGGUGGCAUGUGCCUGUAGUCUCAGCUACUCGGGAGGCUGAGACAGGAGAAUUGCUUGAACCUGGGAGGCCGAGGUUGCAGUGCGAGACUCCGUCUCAGAAAAAAAAAAAAAGAAAAAAAAAAUUCUGAAGACAAGAUGGACAUAAAAAAAGGAAUAAGCAACAGAAAACAUUUAACUAUAUAGGAUGGCAAUAUAUGUUUAGAGAAAAAUCAUGCAGAGAAAGAAGCUAAGAUAUAGUGGGGAACCAUCUCUGUACCUGAUGAUGGAAAGAGAUUAUAUUUGGGCUAACACAUGAAGGUGGUGAGGAAGCAGGCUCUGUGUAUAUAUAAGCAAAAGCAUCCCAGGAAGAAGGAAAAGGAGGAAGAGCAAAUGCAUUGCUCAGAGGCAGCAGUAGGCCUGGGUGUUGCAAACACACCCAGUUACCGAUGUCUAAGAGCAGAGGGAGGCAGAGGAGUCAAGCAGUGGAAAGGACACUGCCGACCACCAGGUGCCCUGCAGGCCACACAGGAACCUAGAGCCUUUGUGGAGAGGAAAGACUCGACUGGACUGUCACUCUAACAGGAUCCCUUGGCUCCCUGGUGAGAGCAGGCCUGAGCGGGUCGAAGCACUCACAGAUAGACUGGGAAUGAGGAUCGUUGUGGGUAUAUAAUUAUAUACAACUCUCAAACCAUAUCAAAAUUGCAUAUGAUAAAGAGUUAAUUCAACUGUACCUAACUUUAAGUGAAUUAAAAAAUUUAAAACACAGGAUGCCACUAUGCUCUGACUAGAAUUGUUCAAAUAUAAAGCAGGACAAUAUCACAUGUCGACAAGGGCGUAGAGCUACUGGAAUUCUGGCACAUGGCUAGGAGGAGUGGUAAAAGUCAAAACCAUUUUGGACAACACUUUGGCAAUUCCUACUAAGGUUAAACUUACAAGUAGUCAUAUUAGUCUGACUAUCUUCUUGUGUAUACCAAUUAGUAUAAAACCAUGUAUGUAAAAAGACUUGUACAUGAAUACCUGUAGGCAGAAAACUAGAAAAUCCUUGUCUAUCAAUAGGUGAGAAAUAAAACAUUAUAGUAUACACAUAAAUGGAAUACUACUUAGCAAUAUCACAUUUUGAAAUACAGACACAAACAACUUGGUUCAGUUUCAAAAAAUAUUAUGCUAGGUCAUAGGAUACAGACACAAAUUAACGCAUCUCUAGGAAAUUUUCAAAUAGACUAACUCACAAUGAAAGAGGACAUAUCAGUGGUGGCCCAGCAUAGAAAGUGGGAAGAAAAGCCCUUGGCAUACUAGAAAUGCUGUAUAUCUGCAGUGUGGUGAGUAUACAGGCUGUACAUACUCGUCAAAUCUCAUGGAAAUGUGAACUUCAAGUAGGUGUGCUUUAUUUCAUGUAAAUUAUACCUAAUUAAAUUCAUUAAAGAAACACA